UCGAAUUUGCCGCUAAACUUUCAAGAAUCCAUCAUUUUACGUCAUUUUAACAAUUUAAUACAACGACAAUGUCCCCAAACAAAAUCAAAGACUUCUACAAUCGCGUUAACGGUUAGAUAGAACCCAAUUUCUCUGUUUCUGAGCGAAUCACAUCACAUUUCUUCGUUCUCGAACCGAAUUCCGUUGUUUUUGAACGAAUCCACCAAAUCGCCAAGGUGAUCUAACUCAGCAAACCCAUCGUCUCCAACAAAAAACACAGAGUAAAUGUCCAUGCUAGACAUUUAUUAUUCUGAUCUCCUUCUCAAACUAAUUUCACAUCAAAUUCGUCAAACCCCGCCACCAAACUCUCUCCCCGGUUCCCAAUUUCUAGGGUUUCUGUAAAAUAUUUCGACAGAGAGAUAGAUAGAGAGAGAGCGAGAUGGAAGAAAUGGCCGGUAGAGAUAAUAUGCCGGAAGGGACGAUGCGAAAUGUACUGGACCAAAAAUCUCUGAAGUGGGUUUUCGUUGGUGGAAAGGGUGGUGUUGGAAAAACUACAUGUAGCUCUAUCCUUUCAAUCCUUUUGGCUUCAGCCCGAUCCUCUGUUCUCAUAAUCUCAACUGACCCAGCUCACAAUCUCAGCGAUGCGUUUCAACAGAGAUUCACCAGGGCCCCUACAUUGGUUAAUGGGUUCACCAAUUUGUAUGCUAUGGAGGUGGAUCCCAAUGUGGAGAAUGAAGAAGAAGAAGGUUCAGAUGCAAUGGACGGUUUCCUUUCAGAUUUAGCAAAUUCAAUUCCUGGAAUCGAUGAAGCUAUGAGUUUUGCAGAGAUGUUAAAGUUGGUGCAAACAAUGGACUACUCGGUGAUAGUUUUUGAUACAGCUCCCACGGGCCACACACUUCGGUUGUUGCAAUUUCCAUCAACAUUGGAGAAAGGUCUUGACAGAAUGAUGAGCUUAAAGAGUAAAUUCGGUGGCUUAUUGGGUCAGAUGAGUCGCUUGUUUGGUGUUGGAGAUGAGGUGGGUGAGGAUGCAAUUCUUGGAAAGCUUGAGGGUAUGAAGGAUGUGAUUGAAAAAGUCAACCGACAAUUCAAAGAUCCGGAUUUGACAACUUUCGUUUGCGUAUGCAUCCCUGAAUUUCUGUCGUUAUAUGAGACAGAGAGAUUGGUUCAGGAACUUACUAAAUUUGAGAUAGAUACACAUAAUAUUAUUAUUAAUCAAGUGCUUUUUGAUGAAGAAGGUGUUGAAUCCAGGUUGCUCAAAGCUAGAAUGAAAAUGCAAGGAAAAUACCUGGAUCAGUUCUACAUGUUAUAUGAUGAUUUCCAUAUUACAAAAUUGCCCUUGUUGGCAGAAGAGGUUUGUGGAGUGGAAGCUUUAAAAGCGUUUUCAAAGCACUUUAGACAACCUUACGACCCUUCGAUUACUCAAGGGACAGUAGAAGAGCUGGAGCUAAGAGUUUCAAGGCUACAAGGACAACUUAGAGAUGUGGUAUCAGAACUAGAAAAGGUCAAGAAAGGCAAACAAGUACUCUGAAAAGACUUUUCUACCCUUUUUUAAAGAUAUUUUUACUUUUCAUAAUCAUAUAUGUAUAAUCUAUUCAAAUUUCUUUUCGUUCCUUUUCCCCUAAAUUUUAAAUUAGAUUCCAAUAAUUAAAAUCCUUGGUUUCUAA